GUUUAUGUCCAAACCUGGAAUGGGCAGAAUCUUUCCAUGACUAUCGUACGAGAUGAGUACCCAGCCAAUCCCAUGGUUCUUCGAGGUAUUAAUCAGAGAGCUGUCUUUCAACAGUACCAGCCAGUAGUAAUGCUGCAAAAGGGCUACACAAUACAUUGGAAUGGAAAAGCUCCAAAUGUCACCUAUCUUUAUCUCAUUAACUUCAACAAGAACGACUGGGUUCGUGUUGGUCUUUGUUAUCAACUGAAUACAGAUUUUGUUAUAGUAUUGGAAACCUUUCAAAGGCGGUCAUCUGCUCUGACAAGCAAGGUAGAGCGCUACGUGCCUGUGUCUUCAAUGAUGGAGCUUGAAAAGAAUCGAUCGGACAAGAAGUUUUACUUUGACAACAGUACUGGAUUACUGUUUUUAUUUCUUCAAGCCAAAUAUAAUAGGGAUGGUCACAGUUAUUGCUCAUCUCAGGGAUGUGAAAGGAUCAAGAUUGUGACCAAAGAUUCAGCAAAAGGGAUCAGUAACUGCAUGGCAAAAGCUUACCCAAAGUACUACCAAGGACCAACUGUCAUAAAGCAGAUGCCAGUAAAAACUACUGUACCAUGUACAAAAUGCGGCACAACUCAGAUUAAUUCAUCUGGUAAAAAAGAGUUAAGCAGAGGUCAGCAAGCAUUUAUUUCUGUCAAUGACACUAUGUUUUCCUUCAAGGAUAAUGGUAUACUUAUCGUUGCAGUUGAUGCCUGCAUUGGCACAGUGUCAGGAAACAAAUUAUUUUCCGGAGUAGACAUUAAGCGUGUAGAUGGAUAUUUAAAAUCUGGAAUUCCACAAAGGUCUGUUGUUCUACUGGGCACAAGAGGUGAUGUAGCAAUUCCUAAUAAUUUGUCAGAAGCCUUCAUGUCCCUGGGGACAGCCAAACCGCCUUAUCUUCAGAGCAGCGGAAGCUUGGCCUUUGUGGGCUUUAGAGGAAACUUUAAGCCAUCCUGGAUUAAGCUGUUUACCAGUCCUGCUGGGCAUGGGCUCGUUCAGAUAGAAAAGUAUAUCCCUUUACAACUGGAAGAGUAUGGCUGUGCCAGAGCAAUCAAAAGCCGACGGAAAGACCUUGAGCUUCUGAAGCAGGCUACACGAUCUCAUUAAGGACUAAGAUGUACAUAAAAACUGGGGAAGAAAAAUGUGAACUAACUUAUUUUUUAAUUUAUGGCAUUUUAAACUAUAUUGUUAUCCAAGUAAAUCAUGUUAUUGUCUGACAGAUGUUUGCCAGCAUUGACUGCUUGAAUGCCAAUCUGUGCACCUUCUAGUUGUACAAAAUAUUGAAGAUUUUAUUAGUAUUUGUAUAAACAGGUUUCAGAGAUUUUUCAGAUGUUUGUAUUUACUGUAAACAAGUUCCUUCUCUUUAAUACUC